AUGUACUCCCAGAAUCAGCUAGAGGAAGAAGCUCAACAGCUCGAGGCUUUGCAGCUCCAGACAUCCAACAGCACUGAGGGUUCGUACUCUUCAGCCAUGGCUCCCGUCGAACCUAUCCGUCCCUACACAGUUAGCUCUGUGGACUGGAUCUUGCCGUCUGAUUCAAGCUACAGAGCUUCCGCCGUCACUCUUGACGACAAAAUCGAUGACAACGGCUGCAACAGAGUCGAAAGUGUUCUGAACGUCUUCUGCAAGGUUUAUGCCAUUGCCAAGGUCAUGCUCGUCAUCUUCAUGCACUAUGGGGUUGAUCUCGAUGACUCCCCGACCGGUAUCCUGACCAGAAUCAAGCGCGCUGAAGAAGUCGUGACCUCCAACUCUGUUACCACUCUCAUUGAGACUGUGGACAGCCUCUACUAUUGCGUGUAUGCGAGGAUCAUGGUUGAAUUGGCGAACGUGGAGCUUUGCUCCUGCUUUGGUGGAACUGCUCGCCAGCAGCCAAACGCUGGCUUUGUGCUUCCUGAACCCGGCCAUCUGUACAGGAUAUAUCUGGCUUGCAAGGAGAUCCUUGAUUCGCCAACCGUCUGCAGUCUCCUGGACAAGCAGGUGAUUUGGCAGAAUCAGGACGAGUUCAAUCGUCGUGCCGUGGCCAGGAUGCUGGAGUCCGACUUCUUCGCCACUGAUAUCUUCGGAUAUCGUCGCUUCACCCUGGCCUUCUUGAAGGACGAGACCACAGCCUACUUUCAGAAGUGGAAGGGCCUCUGUUGGUUGUACCGCAAGCCAUUGCGGGAGACCCAGACCAACCUUUCCGAGAAGUAUCUCACGACGGUCCCAAUGGCCGAGAUAGAGGAAGAAUUCCCGACCACAGCUCUCCCUUUCGUCGACCCUUCCACCGUCGAUUCCGCUGCUUGGGAGAAGGAGAUCAUCUUGGACCAUCGCACGGCCACCCUCGCCAAGCUCGAGGGCAAGAGUCUCGGGCAGGUCCGCCGUGAAGAGACCAGACGUUCCCUUGUUAACUUCUGCAAGGAAAAGAAGUGCAUCUGCAUGCCAUUUUGUCAGUGUGCUGAGACUUGCACUCUUGAAGUCGAGCGUGUCUGCCCCUGCGCGGAACGUAUGUUGCGUGGUUUGCUGGCCAAGCGUCGCAAGGGCCCGGGCCGUGUGGAUUUGAGCAUUCGGUGCAACAGCAUCGCCAAAGUAAUCUUCGAGACCUUUGCAGCCUUCCUUUUUGAGGCACACGACUCCGUGCUCGUCACCGAAUUGGAUCUUUCUUUGUCAUUGAUCGGCGCGGAGGAUUGGAUUUCUGACAAACAUACUCCGGAUUGGGGGGAGAUGCAUCGACACUGCCCACUGUGGAGCGCAGCUCAGGGACCUAGGACUCAAACGCCUGUGGUGCGGCAGCAUCGCAACUACCGUGCCGUUUGGCCGUCGUACGGCAUCACCACCCCCGAGCCGGGGCAUCAUCCGCCGAUUCCCCUCUCCAGAUCUCCCUUCUAUCUGGAAACGGGAUAUGCUCUCUGUGCAAAACGGGCUCCCCGCCCGUUUCCCCCACCGUUCAUGUCUCCGCCAUCCUCAUCCUUUUCCGACCCUCUAACCACCCACUACCAUAGCCAGGAUAAGAGAUUAUCCGUCAAGGGGGAGCUAAUCCGGGGAUUGAACAAUGGGGAUGAUGCGAUCCUGGUUGCGGAGAAUUUCAUCGGUGUCAAUGAUGGUGUAGGCGCAUGGGCUACGAAGCCACAGGGGCACGCUGCGCUUUGGUCGAGACUUAUACUACAUUUUUGGGCUCUCGAGGUCGAGCGAGGGAUCAACGGGACUUCAAAUCCGGACCCUGUCGAAUAUCUUCAACGGGCCUACGAGGAAACAUGUCGCGCAACCAAAACACCGAACGAAUGGUUCGGAACUACAACCUCCGUGACUGCGCUUUUACAUUGGACUGGUGAUCAAGGGAAUACAAAGCCACUUCUCUAUGUCACCAAUAUAGGGGAUUGUAAGGUGCUCAUCAUUCGCCCGAGCGAGGGAAAGAUUUUGUUCCGGACAAAUGAGCAAUGGCACUGGUUCGACUGCCCGAUGCAGUUAGGGACAAACAGUGUGGACACACCGAGGGAGAAUGCCGUAUUAUCCCAAGUAACACUGGAAGAAGAUGAUCUCGUGCUUGCCGUAUCGGAUGGUGUCCUGGAUAACCUUUGGGAGCAAGAGGUUUUAACUAUCACUUUGGACAGUAUUAAGAAGUGGAACCAAGGGCGGAAUGAUGAGAUGGAUUCGGAGUGGGCCCCUCCGGCAGCCUUGGCCGAAGAACGAAUGGUCUUCGUAGCCAGGGAACUGCUGAAGGCCUCUCUGGAUAUCGCUCAGGAUCCAUUUGCUGAGAGUCCAUUCAUGGAGAAAGCAAUUGACGAAGGUCUGGCCAUCGAAGGGGGUAAGAUGGAUGACAUCAGUGUUGUUCGUUCGAAGAAGUAUCGCAAGCUCAUGCAUCAGUAUGAGUUGGCAUUUGGGUUUCGCGAACCGUAUCAAAUACUGCUCGACUCGAAUUUUCUCCGCGCAGUUCACUCCUUCAAGAUGGAUCUUCUCCCCGCACUUGAACGUACGCUUCAAGGAAAAGUCAAGCCGCUAUUGACAAAAUGCUCCCUCGCCGCUAUCAUGGCAGCUCAGCCCAUCAACCCGAGAACCAACAACCCCGUCCGUCCCCACCAUCUCCCACCACCCACUGAGGUCCCUCUGCGCCAUUGUUCGCACAACGAAGAUUCGACGCCCAUCGACGAGGUCGAGUGCUUACUUUCUCUUCUCGCUCCUACGGGCGACUCGAAACGCAACAAGGAGCACUACACUCUCGCAACGGCGGAUCCGCCCGCGCCGCCGAAGCCCGCUCCCGGUGAAUCGAGGAAGAGAAAGCGUCCAGACGACGGAUUAAAAGAAGCGAUGCAAAAGUCCAGAGCUCUACGGGUCGGCGCACGGUCUAUUCCAGGAACUCCUAUCGUGUAUGUGAAGCGGUCGGUCAUGGUUCUUGAGCCCAUGAGCAACCCGUCGGAGAACGUGAGAGAUGGUUUCGAGAAAGGGAAGUUCCGGGCUGGUUUGGAUGGCGAUUCGUCAUUGGGCAAGAGGAAGAGGAGCGAGGAUGGUGAGGGGGAGGCCAAGGAGAAGAAGAAGCGUGAUUCGAAGAAGCCAAAGGGGCCCAACCCGUUGAGUAUGAAGAAAUCCAAGAAGCCGGCUGAAAAGGGCGGUUCUGGUUCUGCAUCUGCCACGAAGCAGGCAAAGAAAUCUGAGGCCCAGCCUUCUAAGGAAGAAAGCGGUGAUGCGGGGCAGGACAGAAAAGAGGAUGGUGAUGCAGGCGCUCAGAAGAAGAGGAGACGGCGUCACCAUAAGGGAGCCAACAGAGAAGGUGGCAGCGGUUGA